AUGGAAAGUUUUUCGUCUAAUGAGGAGAGAUUUGCUAUGGCUACGAAAUUUGAGAAGUUGGAACAGGGUAACAAGUCGGUCCGUGAGUAUUUUUUGGAGUUCACCCGUCUCUCAAAGUAUGCUUUAUACAUGAUUCCGACUAAAAAGCAUAAGUUGACUCGUUUUGUGAAAGGCUUGGUACCACGUAACAAGUCUGCAUGUGUUGCGGUUGCUCUAUCUCCUACUUGUACUUUCUCAUCUCUAGUUGGCAAAGGAAAGGAAGUUGCUAACACUUCUGGUGGAGGGAUAGCUCGGCUUUAUGGGCUGACUCGUAGGGAGGCAGCUGAGGCUUCUAACGCUGUGGUUACAGGUAUCCUUACUAUCUGUUCUCAUGAUGCUUACUCAUUGAUUGAUCCGGGUUCAAAUUUGUCCUAUGUGACUCCUUAUUUUGCUCUUGAUAUGGGAAUGAAACCCGAACCUUUGUUGGAACCCUUUGCUGUUGAUACGCCUUCUGGUGUUCCUGUUAUUGCUUCUAGAGUGUAUAGAAAUUGUGUUGUUGUGAUUAAAGGUCGUGACGCCGUGGCGGAUUUGUAUGAACUUGAGAUGGUGGAUUUUGAUAUAAUUAUAGGGAUGGACGGGUUAUCCGCAUGUUAUGCUAAUGUGGAUUGUCAUCAUAAGUUAGUUCGUUUACCCUUUCCCGAUGAGCCUGUUAUUAUGUGGGAGGGUGAAAUUACUAAGCCAAGGGAUAGAUUUAUUUCCUAUCUUAAGGCUUAUAAGAUGAUUACUAAGGGGUGCAUUUACCAUUUGGUUAUUGUUAAUGAUACGAAAGCCGUAGUACCCGAAUUUGCAUCUGUUCCCAUAGUUAGUGAUUAUCCCAAAGUGUUUCCCGAAGAUCUUCCUGGUAUUCCUCCUGAUAGAGUUAUUGACUUUGGGAUUGAUGUUAUUCCCGACAUCCAACCUAUUUCUAAUCCACUUUACCGUAUGGCUCCAGCGGAGCUAAGGGAAUUAAAGGAUUAG